AGCGCUACAUUUGGCUCGUGAACGAAUCAUAUUCGUAUGUUACAAGCUAACUACGAGUCAACGGCGCCAUAAAUUAUAAGCUAGUUGAGGAAUUAAAAUCGAUUCAUCAACUAGUAUUAGUGUGGGUAUACGUCAAUGGGAGGAGGCGAGGAAAUGAAGCUACAAUAGACUCAUCCCGUGAUCAGGUGAAUGAUGAGCAGCAAGGCGGUGGAGAUGGGCGAGGCAGAGCAAGAAGAGAUAGUAGAUCAUCAGUCGGAGAAGAAGGAGGCGGCGUCAGCCGCGAGCAGGCUGCAACUGUCGUCGUCGUCGCUGAGGGAGGCCCUCUCCUCCACUUCAUCCCUGUCCAGGCUCUCCCUCUCCCUCUCCCUGAGAGAGCAGCACCACGACGAGGAAGUCGAGCUCAAAUGGGCGGCCAUCGAGCGGCUGCCAACCAUGGACAGGCUCCACACCUCGCUCCCUCUCCACGCCUCCAAGGCCAAUGCGGCCGACGGCGGCGCUCGUCGGCUGGAGCCGGUGGACGUCCGGAGCCUCGGCGCGGCGGAGCGGCGGGAGCUGGUGCACGCCCUCAUCGCCGACAUCCACAAGGACAACCUCCGCCUGCUCCGGCACCAGCGCCGCCGGAUGGACAGCGUGGGCGUGCGCCAGCCCACCGUGGAGGUGCGGUGGCGGAACGUGCGCGUCGAGGCCGAGUGCCAGGUCGUCGACGGCAAGCCGCUCCCCACGCUCCUCAACUCCGCCGUCUCCACCCUCUCCCUGCUCACCACCAUGCUCGGCUUCAAACGUAACCAAGAAAGGAUCCAAAUCCUCAAAGAUGUCACCGGCAUCCUCAAACCUUCCAGGAUGACCCUACUCCUUGGACCCCCAGGCUGCGGCAAAACCUCCCUCUUGCUAGCACUUGCAGGAAAGCUCAAUAGAAAUCUCAUGGUAUCCCCGCCCCCAUCUUCUGCACACCAAAACAGAGAAAAUACCUUGGUUUUCAGUACUACUUCAUUUGCUCACAUUUAUAUUGCACAGGUAACAGGAGAAAUUGAAUACAAUGGUGUCAAGCUGCAAGAUUUUGUUCCCGAGAAGACGGCAGCGUACAUUGGUCAGUAUGAUCUUCAUGUCCCUGAGAUGACUGUCCGGGAGACGCUCGACUUCUCUGCAAGAUUCCAGGGCGUCGGCAGCAGAGCAGAAAUCAUGAAGGAAGUUAUUAGGAGGGAGAAGGAGGCCGGGAUCUCCCCUGACCCUGACAUAGAUACGUACAUGAAGGCAAUAUCUGUGGAAGGUUUGGGAAGAAGCAUGCAGACAGACUACAUUAUGAAGAUCAUGGGACUUGACAUAUGCGCUGAUGUACUGGUGGGAGAUGCCAUGAGAAGAGGUAUUUCAGGUGGUGAGAAGAAAAGGCUAACCACAGGAGAGAUGAUAGUAGGACCCUCAAAAGCUCUCUUCAUGGAUGAAAUAUCAACUGGGCUGGACAGUUCUACCACCUUCCAAAUUGUUACUUGCCUCCAACAGCUAGCUCAUAUAUCAGAGUCUACCAUACUGGUCUCACUUCUUCAACCAGCACCGGAGACUUACGACCUUUUUGAUGAUAUUAUCUUGAUGGCUGAAGGACAAAUCGUAUAUCAUGGCUCUAAGAAUUACAUUAUGAGUUUCUUUGAAUCAUGUGGAUUUAAGUGCCCUGAAAGAAAAGGAUGCGCUGACUUUCUUCAAGAGGUACUAUCAAAAAAAGAUCAACAUCAAUACUGGAGCUCCGAAGAGAAAUAUAAGUUUUUUACAGUUGAGCAAUUCUGUGAUAAGUUCAAAGCAUCCCAAAGCGGUCUGAAUCUUGCCGAGGAGCUUUCAAUGCCGUGUGAUGAAUCAAAAGGACACAAGAAUGCCCUGUCUUUCAGUAUCUACUCAUUAUCCAAGUGGGAUCUCCUCAAGGCAUGUUUUGCACGGGAGCUCCUUCUUAUGAAAAGGAAUUCCUUCCUCUAUAUAUCAAAAACUAUUCAGCUUGGACUACUUGGUGUUAUUACUGGAACAGUAUUUCUGCGCACGCGUAUGGGUGUUGACCGAGUUCAUGCUAACUAUUAUAUGGGUUCGCUCUUCUAUGCGCUCGUGCUGCUGAUGGUGAAUGGUUUCCCUGAGCUGGCCAUGGCACUUAACAGACUCCCAGUCUUCUACAAACAAAGAGAUUACUACUUCUAUCCUGCAUGGGCUUAUGCAAUACCAUCUUUUAUUCUGAAGAUUCCAGUUUCUUUAGUUGAGUCAGUGGUUUGGACAUCAAUAUCCUACUACUUGAUUGGUUAUACUCCGGAAGCAUCCAGAUUUUUCUGUCAGCUUCUAGUCCUCUUCCUUAUCCACACUGCAUCAUUAUCAAUGUUUCGAUGUGUUGCCUCGUACGGUCAAACAAUGGUGGCUGGUUCAGUCGGUGGUACACUGGCAUUUCUAGUCUUGCUUUCGUUUGGAGGUUUCUUAAUUCCUCGCCCCUUUCUUCCUAAUUGGCUCAAAUGGGGAUUUUGGCUCUCUCCAUUGUCAUAUGCUGAGAUAGGCUUAACUGGAAAUGAGUUUUUGGCAUCAAGAUGGUUGGAGAGCACGGUAUCUGGUGUAACACUUGGAAGGAGGAUACUAAUGGAUCGAGGGCUAGACUUUUCCAGCUACUUCUACUGGAUCUCAGUUGGAGCAAUGAUUGGGUUUAUUUUAUUGUUCAAUGUGGGCUUUGCUAUUGGCUUGACUAUUAAAAACCCUCCAGGAACUUCUCGAGCUAUAAUCUCUCGCAAUAAGCCUAACACAUUGGAUGGAAGAGGCCAAGAUAUCUCCAAGGAUACGAAAAAUGGGAUGCCUAAGUUACAAGCAGAAACUGCGUUGACACCUAAUAGGACUGGGAGGAUGGUAUUGCCUUUCACACCUCUUAUAAUUUCGUUCCAGGAUGUCAGUUACUAUGUAGACACCCCCGCGGAAAUGAGGGAGCAUGGUUACAUGGAAAGGAAACUACAACUGCUCCACAAUAUCACAGGAGCAUUCCAGCCAGGGGUUCUCUCGGCACUCAUGGGGGUUACUGGAGCUGGAAAAACAACACUCCUUGAUGUUCUUGCUGGAAGGAAAACAGGCGGUGUUAUUGAAGGGGAUAUAAGAAUAGGAGGUUAUCCCAAAAUCCAAGAAACUUUUGCUAGGAUAUCAGGCUACUGUGAACAGACAGAUGUUCAUUCCCCCCAAAUCACAGUUGGAGAGUCAGUAGCAUAUUCAGCCUGGUUGCGCCUUCCACCAGAAAUUGAUUCAAAAACAAGAAAUGAAUUUGUCAAUGAAGUUCUUGAAACAAUUGAGCUGGACGAAAUUAGGGAUUCUUUGGUUGGAGUACCAGGUGUAAAUGGUCUAUCAACAGAGCAACGGAAACGCCUCACUAUUGCAGUUGAGCUCGUGUCUAACCCUUCAAUUAUAUUCAUGGAUGAGCCAACAUCAGGAUUGGAUGCGAGGGCAGCUGCUAUUGUUAUGCGUGCAGUGAAGAACGUUGCAGACACAGGUCGAACAGUUGUGUGCACCAUUCACCAACCAAGUAUCGAGAUAUUUGAGGCAUUUGAUGAGUUAAUGCUGAUGAAAAGGGGCGGAGAGUUGAUCUAUGCUGGGCCACUUGGACACCUUUCGUGUGAGGUCAUAAGGUAUUUCCAGGCAAUACCUGGGGUACCCAGGAUCAAGGACAACUACAACCCAUCGACGUGGAUGCUAGAAGUUACUUCUGCAUCCAUGGAAGUCCAACUGGGAUUAGAUUUUGCACAAAUAUACAGAGAAUCAUCAAUGUGCAAGGACAAGGACAUGCUGGUAAAGCGCUUGAGCAUACCAGCACCAGAUAUGAGUGAUCUCCAUUUUCCAACACGGUAUCCACAGAAGUUUCAGGAGCAAUUCAAAGCUUGCCUCUGGAAGCAGAGUUUAUCAUAUUGGAGAACCCCUUCCUACAACCUAGUGCGAAUGGUGUUCAUGACAUUCAUAUGCAUUUUCUUUGGUGCAGUAUUCUGGCAGCAAGGCAAUAUCAACAACUUAAACGACCAACAAAGUCUGUUCACCAUAUUGGGGUGCAUGUAUGGAUUCACUCUGUUCGCCGGCAUUAACAAUUGCCAAACAGUGAUGCCAUUUGUCUCCAUUGAGCGCUCUGUCGUGUACAGGGAAAGGUUUGCAGGAAUGUACUCUCCUUGGGCCUACUCCUUCGCGCAGGUUGCCAUGGAGAUACCUUAUGUGCUGGUACAAGUAGUGCUGUUCAUGUUGAUAGCAUACCCGAUGCUAGGUUUCACAUGGACAGCAGCGAAGUUCUUUUGGUUCAUGUACACCAUGUUGUGCACGCUGCUCUACUUCCUCUAUAUUGGAAUGAUGAUGGUGUCGCUCACCCCCAACAUCCAAGUCGCGUCCAUACUUGCAUCCAUGUUCUACACCCUACAAAACCUCAUGUCUGGAUUCAUCGUGCCUGAGCCGCAAAUACCAAGAUGGUGGAUAUGGCUCUACUAUAUCUCCCCACUGUCAUGGACACUCAAUGUCUUCUUUACUACACAAUUUGGGGAUGAGAACGAUAGCCUGGUCGUUGUAUUUGGAGAGACCAAAUCCAUUGCAGUGUUCAUGAAGGACUACUUUGGUUAUCGGCGUGACCUUCUGCCACUGUCAGCCGUGGUUCUGGCGGCAUUCCCCAUCCUCUUUGCUGUCGUCUUUGGUUACAACAUCUCAAAGCUCAAUUUCCAAAGGCGAUAGGCACACAAAUAUUUGAAGUAGUAAAAAUAGAACCGCAGUAUAGAAUAGAUAUUGCAUCUGUGUACUAAAUUUUAGAGCAUGUGCUUGCUUGCAACACAAAAAAGGUCAGUGUAUUUUCGCGUAAACGUGAUACAUGGUACAACAGAAUUACAAUGGCGACUUGCUACUGACCAGUACUUGAGAAGUUGUGUGAUAUUGUUGUCAAUAGAGGCUCUUAGGCUCUUGCUUUCA